GUUACUGUACAGUAUGGUCCCGGUACCUCCAUAUCUUUGUCACCACCGGACACUAUCUACACGAGGACAGAGGGGGACACGUUACCGAACAUAACCUGUACAGCGAACUGUAGACCUGGCUGUACCUUUGUCUGGACACGACCUGACAACACCAACUUUACUGUCUCACCUGUGUUGUCACUGGGACAACUGGACAGAUCAGAACACGGGACGUACAUGUGUACUGCUAGGAAUGUUGUCGGGGAGUCCAUUUCAACAAUCAUUGUUUCAUUACAGUAUGGUCCUGGUUCUUCGCUAAUUUUAUCACCACAGGAGACCAAGUAUACGAGGAUAAAGGGUGACACGUUACCGGACAUCACCUGUACAGCGGACUGUAGACCUGGCUGUACCUUUGUCUGGACACGACCGGACAACACCAACUUUACUGUCUCACCUGUGUUGUCACUGGGACAACUGGACAGAUCAGAACACGGGACGUACAGGUGUACUGCUAGGAAUGCUGCCGGGGAGUCGACUAAAGUGAUCAGUGUUAUUGUGAAAUAUGAACCACAUCCGUAUCAAAUGCUCGACCAAAACCAGACUUAUUAUCUUUCCCAGUCAGACACCAUUAUUUUGUCUUCUACAUUCAUCUCCAACCCGGCGCCAUCUUUCAUCUGGACCUUCCAACCCUACAAAUCCUUUGAUGCAACGGAUCUUAGAAACGGAACGGAUGCCGUUAUCAUACAGAAUACGUUUGAGGCGAGUAAUUUAACUGCUAUUUCAGUUUUGACUCGGACCAGUAUACAGGAGAGCUGGUUUGGAUUAUAUAACGUCACGGCAACAAACAGUCAAGGAAGUGCCAUGCUAAGCUUCACAGUUCGUGAAAAACUGAACCCAGGGAUCCCAACGAAUCUGUUAAUUGGCUGUACCAUGCCUCAUUCUGUCGAAGUCUCGUGGAGUGACGGAGGGGACUCUCAGUAUUACCAUGUCAUGUUCAGCACAGACAGGUUUCUCAACUCACAAGAAGUUUAUCCAGUGAUGAUUACAAAAGACACAGACGGAAGCGACGUGUAUAGUCAAAAUAUAGACAAUCUGGAUGGUGGCCAUGUCUAUUUCUUUAAGGUUGUAGCAUACAAUAAGUAUGGGAACACAACAUCGGCUGAAACUGUCGGCUGUACUGUUUAUACACCAUGUUCUAGCGGAACUGGCAGUAUGUAUGUCACUGGAGUUGUACUGGCAGUCACUGGCGUUCUCACGCUUUUGUUUACAGUUGGAAUCGGGAUUUAUUUCAGACGAAAUGGAAGACUAUGUCAUAGAAUACGUCAGCUUCCAAAACAGAAGGAAUACCAGGAUGUACAACUUUCAGAUCGAGGAGGCAGAUCCCAAAGCGAAAAUGAAAGAUCUCCAUAUCAGGAACUUGAUACCAAUGAGGUUGCCAAGGCGUCCGUGUAUUCUGAAAUCGAAGGACACCAUCAUGUUAACCCAAUUGUCCCUGACAAUGAAGGAGAUGGUGGAAAGUACGAGUCGUUGGAGGGACGUUCGAAUCCAAACGUUUAUGAAGAACUUAAUACAACAACGUCUGGUAACAGAGAGACAUACAUCAAUACUACCAUCGCUUGUAGAGAUUAGUGUUUAUACAACAUCAUGAAACUCAGUGAGGCGAUGUUUCAUCAAGGUCUGCUUGGAGACAGGAGAUCAAGGGAGACAUUGUCCAGUUGUUAUAUUUGUGAAAUGAAACCUUGACUGUUUUACUUUCAUUGUCGUUUUCAAAUGCAUAAACACAUACCUAGCAUCAAUCCAUAUGGAGUAAAUAUAUAAAUCACCAAUCAGUAUCAUAAACGUGACACGAGACACCCUAUCAAGUUCUCCUCGCACAGUGAAAUGUUAACACAGAACUUAUUAACUUAAUUAAUUAUAAAUACAUCGUUUAUCUCUCUUAACGAUUAAAGCACCAUCGGUAUAUGAUCGAUUUUGUAA